ACAUUUACUUCUUGUACAAUACAACUAAGAGGUCACAUACACACACACACACACAACACAGAGACCUUCCUUCCUCUCAUUCUCUCUCUUUCCAUUGCACCUUCCCUUCUCCUUUUCUCUCUCAUUCAUCAGAUUCCUUCAAUGUUCUUUUCUCUUCAAUUGGAUUGUACAGAUUCCUUGCUAAAACACCCACUUAUCAAUCUCUCUAAUUCUAUUCAAUUUGUGCAUGUUUAUGUGUAAAAAAACAAAGCACUUUUAAGGACUUAAAAACAAAAACUGCUUCUGGGUUUAUUGCCUUUUGCUUUUUUUGUUCAAAACUGUUUCUGGGUUUGUUGCAGAAUUAAGUUUUCUAUACCCCUACUGAUAUAAGCCAUAACUUAGGCUUAAAAAAACAGUUUUUUUAAUUGAACUUUUUCUUUUUGUUUAUAAAUCAGUUAUUUUCUGCAAUUUUUAUUUGCCCUUUUGGUUGAGGAAAAGAUUGAGACAUGGGAAAACAAGGACCUUGCUUUCACUGUGGAGUUACAAGCACACCACUUUGGCGUAACGGGCCACCCGAGAAGCCAAUUUUAUGCAAUGCAUGUGGAUCUCGAUGGAGGACAAAGGGAACACUUGCAAAUUAUACUCCUUUACAUGCUCGGACAGAUCCUGUCGAUUUUGAGGAUCAGAGAGUUUCAAGGUUAAAGAUUGUAUCAUUAAAUAAGAACAAAGAAGUGAAAUUGGUUAAACGAAAGCAGAACUAUGAUAAUGCUUAUGCUGCAUCUGGAUGGUUCACCCCUGAAUAUAAUCAAGGAUUCCAAAAGGCUGUUGAUGAGGAUACAAGCAAUAGAUCAAGUUCAGGGUCAGCCAUCUCUAAUUCAGAAAGCUGCGUUCAAUUUGGCGGCACCGAUGCUAGUGAUUUAACAGGUCCUUCUCAGUCAGUAGUCUGGGAUACUGCGGCGCCUUCAAAAAAGAGGACAUGUGCCGGUCGUCUGAAGCAUUCUUCUGUUGAAAAGCUCACACAAGACUUGUGUACUAUUCUCCAUGAACAACAGCAAUCCUGUUUCUCUGCUUCUUCUGAAGAGGAACUUCUUUACGAUAGUGAAACUCCGAUGGUCUCUGUUGAGAUAGGACAUGGAAGCAUGCUUAUUAGGCAUCCUAGCUCUAUAGCUCGUGACGAAGAGUCUGAGGCUAGCUCUCUUUCAGUUGAUAAUAAACAAUGCCUAAUGAAUGAGGCAUAUUCGUGUUAUGGUUCAAUUCCCAGGCUUAGUGAUUACACCGGCAUGAAUUUCUCUUCUCAGGGAGUUGCAAAGGUUAGAAACUCUGCUGGCCCAAGACUGCAACAGGAGCAACUUGUGUGGGACAAGUCUCAGCUUGAAAAACUAGAAGUUCUUGGAAAUCAUGAUUCAUCACUGUGCUCAAUAGAUUUAAAUGAUGUAGUAAACUAUGAGGCGUUUUCAAGAAACUUGACAAAUGAAGAACAGCAGCAAUUACUGAAGUAUCUCCCUGUGAUUGAUACUGCUAAAUUUCCUGAUAGCAUUAAAAUUAUGUUCGAUAGCUUUCAAUUCAAGGAGGAGUUAACUUAUUUUCAGAAACUUCUCGAGGAAGGUGUCUUUGAUAUCUCUUUGUUGAGGGGAGACCCUGAAGACUGCAAGACAUCUAAAAGGCUUGCAUUAUCGAACUUGUCAAAGUCAAAAUGUGUAGAACACUAUAAUUUUCUCAAGAAAGGUGGAAACAAAGAUGGAAAACGUAAUGGUAUGGAAUCUCCUGCCAUGGCAUCAAGUAAUGUUGCGAAUGUUAAGAGAUUGCGUGUCAGCCAAAAUCAAAAUUUUCCAGAAUUGAAGACAACAAUGAGGAGUCCCAAAAGGGUGAUAGUAAAAGCUGGCACUGGCGGCAAAGAAGCCGUAGAUGGCUCUAGCAUCAGUCCGAAAAGCCUAUUUGCAUUUCCUCGCAAUGGUGGCUUGCACAUGCUGGAUUCUUUAAACUUCGUUGAUGAGAGUUCGGAUCAGGAUCUGCUGCUAGAGUUUCCAUCUAACAAUUCCUUUCCACAGGCAGAGCUCCUGCUCCCAAGUUCUAGCUUGGUUGCUCAAGGAAGCACCAGUAGUAGCUCAGUAUACUCGCAUGUUACUCGUCCUUGAAUAAUCUUUACUAGGUUAUACCUGGAAGAGUAUGUACUAUGGACAUAAUUUUGUUUGGUUACGGUCCGCAUGUUUUACUUGUUGUCUUAAACACCGAAGUCCUUGUACAAGAGAUAUGAUGGCUGUGCUUUUGUUUUCUUGCAACCUUAUUGAGCUUGGAUUGCCAAGGGAUGCAAGUUGGAUGGGCUUUUUUGUAUAGGUUGAUGAUAGAUUAUAACAUACAUAUAGCACAAAAUGCGGAGUGAUAUUCUCCAGAGUUUUGUAUGCAAUUGUAGCUUUUGUAUGCAAUUGCAGCUUAUAUUGUGAAUUAUUAGACACCCUCCUUCCACAGAAACACCAUUCAUCUGAAGAAAUAAAUGGAUGAAUUUAUGAAUGGACAGGGAAGAACUAGACAAUUAUUUUGGCUGUAAUUUACUUCCAAAACAUAUGACACUUGAUGUGUUUGGUUUUAUGGUAAAGAGUGUCAAAUGAUUUGCUAGGUAUGUAGAAAAUAAUUUUACAUUGGUCAUGAAUGUGCAUCUUUGGUUGUGCAACC